AUGUCUACUACAUUACCUGAACCCGAAACACCAUUACAUGAGGGACCAGAUGCUAACAUGGAUUUGGAUAAUUUGAUCGAAUUGGACGAAAAAGAAAUUGAUGAUUUGAAUUUAGAUCCAGGGAUUGAUGAAACUCCAUCUUUUACCAAUAUUCCUCGUGAAAUGGUUUGUGCUGCCGUGGCAGCUGACACUUUAUCACGUAAGAGAACUUUAAUAUCAGAAGAAGAUGAAGAUUUUACCACUGAAAAAUUAGAAAAUCAACAACAAGUGGAUUUUGAUAGCGCUCAUGAUUAUCAACCACGUAUUAAUUUUAAAUCACCAUUUUUAAGUUCUGAUGAUUCAAUAAAAAAGGAUACUUCCUCAACAAUCGAGGUUCCACUUAAUGACGUAAAGAAACAUAGAAAAUUAUCGAUGACUCAACAAUCUAAAUUUAUUACUUAUGUUGAUGCAAGAUUAAUGGAAAUUCAAAGAAAAUUUGUGCAAUCUAGAGGUCUAAAUAGUGAAAAGGGUUAUCCGUCACUAUCAACAUUAUUACAUGAUAUUAAAUCAUUAUUAGAUUUUAUUUGGUAUUCUAUUGAUAAUAUACCACAUACUGAUUAUCUUUUACAAUUAGAAAAGUUCGAAGACUUAGAGAAUAUGCUCGAGGGAGACACUGAGAUUAAAAAUGAAAAAUCGCAUACUUCAGAAGCGCAUAAUUUUGGUCAAGCUUCAUUCAUUAUCAGGAUUGCUGAUGACUUGAUGGAUUAUAUAGAGAAAUUUGAUAUUAGUGAUGAUCCAUUAGAGGAUGAUGAUCCUGACGCCGAUACAAUCCCAAAGAUUUUUAAAUUGUUUUAUAUCUUAGACCGUAUAUUCAGGUCAUUAAUCGCAGGACAAAAUGAAAAUAAAAUUAUUUUGAACUCAACUGAUAGAAUUAGAUUCAUGGGUAUUGCAGAAAGGACAAGAAUGAGAUUACCUCAAUAUUUCGAAAAAAAUAAAAUACACGGUUAUCAUUUCGAAUUGAGUAAAAUCUAUGAACAAAGUCUUGAUUAUUGUGCAUACUAA